CGCGAGAGUGUGAGGCAAUCGCCGCCGCGUGCACGCGGUAAUCGAUGAGAGAACGCCAGAACGAGAGAGGGGUCGAAGAAUCUGGGCGCUCAAAUUGAAUAAUAAAGUUGUAUGGAAGGUGACCGCAUACCAUGCUCUCGCGUGAAGACCACGACCGGCACAAAGCGAAAGUGUGGAGGGAAAAGAGAAACAAAACCGCGCACAAUGGGUGCCAAACGGUGGUAUUGGUGCGAUGGAACAAGUUAAUUCUCUGCGAUUCGCUCAUUGCACUGUGUUCGGACGGGCGUGUCGAGGAAGACACGCCCUCUGCGUGAGCGGUACGACCAAUACAGACGCAGGCCAAUUAGCGAAGAAAUAUGUUUGUGUUGAUGAAUUUAUUUGCGAUCGGUCUCGUUUGCUCUCGUGGUGGUGGCAUAGGAGGAUCUCUUUCUCUCUGAUUUGAUUGAAUCGAGUGGUUUGGUGGUGUGCGUUGUGUAAACUGAUUGUCUUGAUUAGUGCCUGAGGAUCGGAAGAGAACGGCGCUAUGCGAAGAUCAAAGUGGGAGCGGGAUGGACCGAGAGUUAAUAGAGACACCAGGAGAAUCAGCAGCCGCAGCAAAAAACAAACCAGUCAGUUUGGUUGAGCUCUCACUCAGCUGUCAGUCACAGAGGCUCAGAUCACAGGUGACAUUUGACUAUGUCACAUCACAAUUUAUAAUAGAGGAUAGAAGAGCUCGCUCUCUCGGACCACGCGCGCGAUCGGAUCAUCGGUUCUUCGCAUUCUUUCUUCGGUGCUCGGAUCUUGUCGUCGUUAAUUGUGUUGUGCCUCUGGCCAGGAGAGAUUCCAUCAUUCAAUUUGCUGUUGAAAUCAGCCGGACGCGUGUUUGUUUUACCCCUUGGAGGGUAGUGAUUUUUUCUCGGACGCUUUACACCCUCCGUUACACUUCGUUGGUGUCGGUCCUCAUGGAAGCACAUGAGCUCGCUAGCUCUCGGUUCGACGUGUGCGCAUUCGACUGUGAAGUGUGAAGUGUUGAUUAUGAAUGACAAGUGCUCAAGUGACGAUUAAUCAAGAGAUUUAGCGAAAUUUUCGAAGAGAAUUCCUUUAGUGAAACCAAAGGAAAGAUAGUUGUGUAAAACAAUUGGAACAACCUUCAAGUGAAGUGAAGUGCUCAUUUUGAAGAAGACAUCAGGAAGAUAAGCCAGCAUGGCAUUGGAAGACCGUUGCAGUCCACAAAGUGCACCCAGUCCGCCACACCAUCAUCAUCAUCACCACAGCCAGAGUCCGGUUCACUCCGCAACCGCAACGAUGAUGAGCCCGACCGCAACGGGAACCACGCGAGUUUCCCCUACUUCCGAGGAGAUGGCGCCACUUGUACCAAUUUCUCCGUUGCACAUCAAACAGGAGGUGACGGAUCAAAUUCCUCCACCACCACCCCAGCAGACCAGCAUCACCUUCUCGAUCUCCAACAUCCUGAGUGAUUCCUUUGGGAAGAUCCCAGUAGUUCCCAUCGCCACCCAGCAGCCCCCUAGUCCCAUGGCAAGUCCUCCCUGCAACUCUGACUCCAACAGCCCAAAUGGACCCUCCUUGCAUCACAGGAGAGACAGCCUCUUCCGCCCGUACGAGAUUAGUAAGUCUCCACGGUUGUGCUCCAGCAACGGCAGCAGCAGCCACAAUCCCUACCACACGGACAGCGAAUCGCAGGAUUCAACCUGCUACGAACCGCAAACUCCUAACUCAGCCACAGCCGCCAGCAUGCUAAUGUUCAACAACAAUCACUACCACCCGCGGAUACCCACCCUGUACGACUUCAGCACCAAGACCAUCCCUAGCAUAGACCCUCGGGCAGCACUUCUGAACGGCUUUAGCGCCACCAGCUACCCCAAACUUCACGAAGAGAUCAUCAACAGCCACCGGAAGUUCCAGGCCAAACUGUUCGAAAGUCAGGCCAAGGCCGCAGCCGCUGCCUCCAUCAUCCACCCGCACGCAAUGCCCCCGCUUGGUUCCCUCUGCAAGACCGUCUCGCAAAUCGGUCAGCACGUAGCCUCAUCCAGCCCCGGGUCAUCCAACUGCAUCCCGGCUCCGAUCGGAUCCACCAACGGAACGACCGGUGGUGGUGGCACUCCCAACAGUGUGGCCAGCAGUGCCAGUCCCAAGCUGAGCCCACGGCCGAUCCCGAAACCGACGGCCACGGUUGCGUCCAGUUUGCCGGGGAAUCAUGGCGGUGGUGGCAGUGAGACCGGUCGGAUCCACAAUGGAAGCGAUGGGGGGCAUAAUGGAAACAACGACGGCGGAAUGUCCUCGGACGAUGCCCGGUCGGAAACGGGCAGCAGCAAAGAUGGCGAAAGCGGAAGCAAUCUAUGGCCAGCUUGGGUGUACUGCACCCGGUACAGCGAUCGACCGAGUUCGGGUCCCCGUUAUCGACGAACAAAGCCCCCCAAACAGAAAGGCGAAGCCGAGGAGAAACGCCCUCGAACCGCAUUCACCACUGCUCAACUGCAAAGACUGAAGAACGAAUUCAACGAGAACCGCUACCUAACGGAAAAGCGCCGCCAAGCCCUUAGUGCCGAGCUGAACCUUAACGAGUCCCAAAUCAAAAUCUGGUUUCAAAACAAACGGGCCAAGAUCAAGAAGACAUCCUCGGAGAAGAACCCCCUGGCGCUGCAGCUGAUGGCCCAAGGUCUGUACAACCACUCGACGGUACCGCUGACCAAGGAGGAGGAGGAGCUGGAAAUGCGCAUGAACGGACAGAUUCCCUAAAUGCACGAGACCGCAGCUUCCGGAUCGUGGAAGCCGCCGCCGACGCGCUCGCUUCGGAACAACGUGUUCCAUCUUGUUGGCGAGUCGUGAGCGGUGAGUGACGUACGUCUCUCGUCAGCGACCUGUCAGAACUAAGCAGGCGAGGCGAGGCUUGAACGCAGCGGGGGUAGGAAUCGAGAAAUAACAAAACCGGAGUACAAUUACAUUUAAAUAAUUGAAUUAAACCUCCCGGCACGUCUCCUCCGGUCGCUCCCGUAAGACAAACAAAUCCCGGUGAUGAACUGAAAUGCUGAACAUCGCGCGCGAGGCCAUCGUGUUGAUGAUGGUGCCGUGGUGAAAGAUGCUGCAUAAUGUAAAUAUAUAAAUAAUAUUGAAAACGCUUCCUUGGCUCGGUCGAUGUGAGGGGAAGGAAACUUUCUCACGCACAGCCCUGACGAUGGAUAAACAUCAGGGGUGGGAACGAGGGAGUGUAAAGUAGAGCAAUUUUUGUGAAUGUUUAUUUGUAAAAUUGGGAUGCAGGAAGGCGAAUGGCUCGAGAGUUGUUGACCGCAAAUAAAACCUUUGUUCAAAUCAGUGGCUUUUGACGGUCCAUAGUGUAAUUGUCUUGAUGACAGUUCAAUAUUUGUUUUUUUUACUCAAAAUAAAUCGCGAUUCAUGGUGCAAUAAUGUGGUCAACUCUCAUGAACCCAUUUCCUUUCCGUUUUCUCAUCCCAAUUGUGAUUAGGAUCAACAGAAACUGAAUAGCAAUAAACCUAGGCAAGAUAUGGAUGCGACACCAUCCGCAUUCACUGUAAAAAUAUACAAAUUUUAGCAGACUUUAGAGGCAGUGGUUCACAGGCAUGUAAAUUAUUCCCUUCCAGGUUAUAAGCAUUCUACGUUCAAAUUUAUAAAUAUACAGAGCACACUGUUCAAGCUUUAGGAGUAGAAGAAGAAGCCAUUCAUGAAGCAAUCGCAAACCACCACCGCAUGUAAAUAACUUCAUCCCCCAGAGUCAGAAGCAAGAAGGUCCAGUGUAAAAAAUUAGCUACUAAAAUUUAAUUGAGAUUAACAGCCAUCGUAGUAGGCCUGCCAGGCAGGAGCACCACUCAGAGAGAAAAGACGAAAAACACCCAAACAGAUAAGCCUGCUGUUUCGUUGCAAAGCUCAUUCCCACGCGGAAAAUUGAACAACUAGCUACUCGAAGUCCGGGGUCGAGACAGAGACAGAAAGAGAUAGAGGUACGAAGUUGAUAAUUAAUUCCCAAACGCACCAACACCAACGGCUUCAGAAACCGUCUGUCAGCGACCGGCUCAAGCGGACCGACUGGCAGAUCCCGACUAGGAAGUGAUACCAUUCAAUAAUCAUUCGACGGUCCCGUUGGUAAGGGUGUCAGAUUCGAAACAAAGCCGUAGCUCAGUUCGAAUCCCGUUCAGGUUAAUUAACUUUUUAUUUUUCCUUUUUUGUCAAGAGUUCCUUACACCUUCCUAGUCGGAAAACCAGUUUUGAGUGCGGUGGCGAAGGAUCAUUCCUAAACGCGAACCAGUGAAGAAUCAUCCCGCUCGCAGUUGGAAGUGAUCCAAAAGCGCGUUAAAACAGCAACCGCCGCGGCGCAACCGAGCGAUGUGUAGAGUACCUGAUCGCUCACCCAUGUUGUGCGUGGUCGUGGUGUUAGCGAGUGUUCGGUUUUUUCGCUUCCGCCGUUCGUUGUUUAGCAAUCUAAUCUAAAUUAUGUUUAAUUACGACAACCGGCGAUGCGAUGGCGAUCCGAAGCGUUGCGUUGGUGAGUUUUGGAUCGCUUCCAACUCCUACUGGUCGGUCCUCCUCCGCCUUCUACGGGAUACUUUGUUGUACGUAUGAGAUCCGACUGAAUGACAGGCAUAGGGGGGCCAAACGGCUUAUCGCACUCUCCGCAUCUGUUUGUGUUUUGCUUUUGAGAUUGCUAUUUCUUCUUAAAUAAUAUUAUGAUUAGGCUGCUACAUGGCACUGACUGGCCAUCCAACAACCAACCAACCACUAUUCAAUAUUCCUAGCUUCUUAGCACGCAUACAGUAGGAUUAGAGAAAGAGAGCUAACUUAGCAGAUUAUCGCGUGCGAUAUAUGUAAGAGAGAAAGAUUCAACCUAUUAUAUUAUUUUAGUCGUUAGGAAUGAAAAUGUAUGAAAACUGCAAAAGAGAGCGUAAUAAAAUACACUCAUGUGAUAUUCAAGAGAUAAAAUACAAAGUAUACAUUGUAUGGCAUUGA